AUACUCUUUAUAGAGCAUGCCUGGAUCGAACCACGCCUGUGUGAUUACAAUGGCUUAUAUUAUUGUCCGCCGUGUCAUUGGAACGAUAAUAGCAUUAUACCAGCACGAGUUAUACAUAAUUGGGACUUCGCACCACGUAAAGUAUCACGUGCUUCCCUGCAAGAAAUUAAUUUAUUUCUUGACAAACCACUGGUUAAACUAGAAGAGGCAAAUCCAAAAUUAUUUGUUUUCCUGGAGAAGCUAUGUACCAUUAAAAAAAUUCGCCAGAACUUAGUUUAUAUGCGUAAAUAUUUAAUUGAGUGCCGACUGGCAAUGGAGGAAAAACUAAUUGACAAUCAAAUUGGUAUCCGACGUCAUUUAAUACAAUCCAAUGAAUUUUAUUCAAUACACGAUUUAGAAGAAACUGAAAAUGGUACUCUAAUGGAAUUUUUGUCAAAAGUCUUUAACAAUUUUAAUCGCCAUAUACGUAAUUGUUCCAUGUGUACAGCUAAAGCUUAUAUAUGUGAAAUUUGCAGCAAUUGUGAGGUCAUAUAUCCAUUUGAUGAUGGCUGCAUAAUUUGUGAUAAAUGUAAUUCAAUAUAUCACCGAGUUUGUCUGACGCGAAAAAAAAUGUUGUGUCCUAAAUGUAUUAGAUUUCAAAAUCGCAAAAUUCAACUACAACAAAAUGAAAACGAUAACAAUGAAGAUUAA